UUUUAUGGUCUCUCUUGAUGAUACAGUUCUGGGUGUAACACGGAAAAGGCACUCGUCCCCUUUUCUCACAGCUCUCAUCUGGUCGUCAUCGAUUGAGCCUCGGGGUAAAAAUCAAGUUGAGCCUGUUUUCUGUUGCAACGAUAUAAUAAAAAUCGUAAACUGAGAAAGGCAUAAACCUGAAUGAUAGCGCGAGAACAAGCGUGAAGAAGGGAAGAUGUCCAACAUGCCUUGGCCACCCGGCCACUUCCGUAUAGGGCAGCAUAAGUCACAGUAUAGACAACAAGCACGAAUUUUUCGAGGCCAUCGGAAUAGUCAACAAAAUGGCAACGCAUACGUUGCAUCACAUCCGCGCCAAUCGUUCAUUUCAAAAAACCAUGCGGUGCGCCAAUUUGAAAGCCUUGACAGGCUUCGCCAAGAAAAUCGUUUUUGUGACAUUAAUAUUGUGGUCCAGGGAAAGCGAUUUCCCGCCCAUUGGGUUGUGCUUGCCGCUGCCAGUCCUUACUUCGAGGCAAUGUACCGCAUGAACUUUGUGGAGACUCAAACAAAUGUGGCCACUUUGCAUGAGAUCGAAAAUCCUGAGGUGUUCCAGAUUAUUCUUGACUUCAUAUAUAAAGGAGACAUUGAGGUCAGAGAGGAAAACUGCCAAUUCCUUUUGGCAGCCGCCAAUAUGCUACAACUCCCCGAGGUAGUUGGCUUCUGUUGCACAUUCCUCAGUAAGCACCUUCACCCGUCGAACUGCGUAGGCAUCUUCCGUUUCGCUGAGCUACAUUCGUGCAUAAACCUCAAGCUAGACGCCAAACGUUUCAUUGAGUGCAAAUUCACUGAAGUUAUAAAGGAGGACGAGUUUCUGCACAUUCCUCAGCAAACUCUUCAGGCGUUCCUUCGAAGUGAAGGCUUAUCGAUCGACAACGAAUGUCAGGUGUUUGACGCCCUGAUGACCUGGAUACUACAUGAUGUGAAUGCUCGUCGGCGCUAUGUCUACGAUCUACUGCCAGAUGUCCGAAUUGCAGUUAUGUCGAAUAGAAAAAUCGACCAAUACCUUGAGCGCUGUCCCGAUGGCAAGUUACGUGAAGAUAUCCGGGCAAUUCUCGCCGACUAUCGUAUGCGGUUGAAACAAACGAGCCAAGGAGAAGGCCGUUUCGAUGUCCGUUUACAGCCGCGUAUGUGCGCCCGAAAAUCGGUGUACAUUAUCGGCGGAACUCACCUUGAUAAAAAUCAACGCCAUGGUGACGAUUCGGCGUUGCAGAGAGUUGAAAGACUCGAUCUGUUUCGAGGUGUGUGGACUCAGGAGGCAAAGAUGCCAAGCCCAAGAGCAUGUCACGGCACUGCUGUUCUUAACAAUACCAUCUACGUCGUGGGCGGAGAGCAGAACGGACUCAUAUUGGCUGACGCAGAACUAUUUGAUCCGGUUGCGUGCGAGUGGCAGACUCUCACGCCUCUACAUCAACCGCGCACGAUGCAUGGACUCUGCUCGGCGGACGGAGCUCUAUUUGCAAUUGGAGGCAUCAUCGGCACAGAUCUAACGGAUUCAAUUGAACGGUAUGAUCCGAUGAGUGAUAAUUGGCUUCUUCUUGAUCAUUCUCUCAGCAACGCGCGUGCCGGGAUGGGGGUCGUGUCUCGUCAAGGACUCAUCUAUAUCGUCGGAGGCAUAAUUGAUAAUCGUCGUAUGGUGAAUACAGUGGAAGUCUACGAUCCAACGACGGGUGUUGUAUCUCAAUUAGCGGCAAUGAAAAACCCUCGCUCAAAUAUGGGUAUAGCUGUGCUACACGAUCAUAUAUAUGUGGUAGGCGGCAACGGAAUUCGAGGCCCCUUGUCUUCAGUGGAACGGUAUUCGAUUGAUGAGAACACGUGGUGUGAGAUAUUGCCACUAAAGCGGGCACGGUUCGGUUGCUCCGCAUCGGCUGUGGACAAUACGCUGUACGUGAUUGGUGGUAGGGUUCCGUCAUCAGAUUCGUCUUACGCAGAUAAUACACUCGAUACCGUGGAGGUGUACGAUCCUGAGCUCAAUAAGUGGAUGGAUUCAAAUAAUACGCUGCCGAUUAGUCGAUGCGAUGCAGGAAUUGUGGUUAUGUAGAAGAUGUCCCACAGUAUUGUUAUGCUGGACGUUACCUGUAGUCGUCGUUAUAAUAAUAAUAAUAGAGAAGGGCAAAAUCAAAGAAAUCGCCAACUAGACAAGACAGCUAACAACAAUAAGGAUUGCAACAAUAGUUAGCAAUGCAUACAUUUUACACUUAGACUGUUGACAAUAUUCAAUUUAAUUAACAUGACCAGGCUUCAAAAAGCGAUGCCGGCCUCCCGUUCAUACCAGUAACAGCUAGAAAAUAUAACAUUAUUAUUACUACUAAUUAUAUAAUACUUAGUAAUAAUAAUAUUGUAAUAACGGUAACCGGCAUGCAUUAAAAGGACGUCAUUAUAGAGUUCACAAUAAUCUAGUAACAGUUAUAAGCUAUUAAAUAAUAAUGAUAGUAUUGGUAACAGGAGAGUAACUACCUAAAAUUACACACUCCAAAACACAUUACGUUAGACUGAAUAACAUAAUCAUAUUAUUGAUCACAUGAAUAUCCUCCUAUUGCACACAUUGGUAGAUUACGUAACUGCGUAGACAAGUGAUCAAAACGACAAAAACAACAACAAGAACAUGAAAUGUGACGCAUACCGUAAGUGUAUCUAGACGUCUACGUAUAUAUGCGAGUAAAAAAUAUAUAUAUAUACAUAUAUGCCUACCAGUAUAAUAUCUGGACACCUGUAUAUGCAGUGAUGGUCGUAGAGCUAGUAGGGAAAUUUCAUUAAUGUCACCUUCUGAGAAACGGUAUACAGAAGGAUUUUGACGCUCGCUCGGUGUAAUGAUACAGUUUUCCUUUCACGCUCGGCUAGGUUUGUUGUCAGGUUAGGAAAUUUUUUUUUCGAAAUCGGCCGCUAGUUGCAGUUGCAAAAACGAUGAGCUCAGCAAGAGAAACGAAGUCAGAUUCAGAGGUACGUUUUCCACAGAGUAAAAAAUAAUUCAUAAACAAUGUUAGUCGGAGAUCGGAAAGAUGGACAUAGGACCUUUAGAAAAAGAAUGAAUAUUGAAAAAGCGUUAUCAAGCAUGUAAGCCCAUUUAUACCCUCAUUCAAUAAUAUGGCAAUUACUACAUGAUUAUUGUACCCCUACAAUUACUGUUUGUUGAGAGUGUUGUGAUUUGGGCUACUGGUUUUUUUGCUUUGAUUAAUUAGUUUGCCGGGUAAAGCUCCGUGGUUUUUCUACUAUUUCCAUACAUUUUCCAUGCCAAAUAAUUUCUCGCAUUUUUCUAACAAAUACGACUCUGUAGUAACUGAUUGUUUUUUAUCCCACACUCACUGAGAGGUCCACCUAGUAGAAUCCGUGCGCGUCGGGAUCCGCUUUGUUUAAAAUGGUCGACCGCUCUAUGCAGCGGCGGGUUGAUUCACUCUUUGCUACGGUACACCGUUUAACUCGCUCUGUGCUACCUGUAUCAGCUUGUUCAUCUGAAUUGCUUCUAUUUUUCAUAAUCAAUAUUCUAAGUGACAACCAAGCGACGCAAGUAACAUGACCGACCCAGAACACACAUACACUAAUAUAUAUAUAUAUAUAUAUAUAUAUAUAUAUAUAUAUAUAUAUAUAUAUAUGCAUUCGCAUGCUUGAUAGUUAUCCACAGAUUUUUGUACAUAUCGCCAUGAGCAGAAACAAGAUUAUUUACGGCUUUAGCAUACACAUAACAGAUCAAGACACACACACACAUACAUUCAAAACUCCUUAAAAAUAUGUAAUAACUAGAUAACAAAUUACCCUGCUGACUUUUUCUAAGUUCAGUAGUAGAGCGUAUAUCCUGAGCAUGAAAGGAUAUGACCCAUCUGUGGAACGCUAACCAGAACGAAAAGUAUGGAAAAGAUUGUGCGUAAACGAUGAUAGCAUGAAUGAAAGGUAAAAAAGAAACUAUGUUGAACGCUACCACGUUGAGCUUUGACAGACUGAAUAGAUUUGCUUUGGUAAAAAGGCAAUGGUUACUGACAGAGAAAACCAGUGAGUGAAACCUUCGUUCGAUGGUACUUAACCUUGAGAAGACCAGAGGUUUAGAGUCGAGUUCAUCGUGUUAAUGAAAACUUGAAAAACCGAACGAAAAGCCGAAGAACACCAUAUGAUUAUUAACAGAUAGGAAACUUGGCGUUUUUUAACGACAAUCUCGUAGAACUCAAGUCAAACUUUCCUUUUCCCAUGACUCCAGCACACACUCACACACAAAGGUAAUUGUAUGUUGGAAGCAAAUUCUACACUCCGCUGCCCCAUAUAGUCGAGAAGGGGAGUUGAGAGAGGGAUUUGAACGAGAAAUGAUCUAGAGACAAUUGGCGAGUAACAAAAUGAAAGAGACAAUGUAUAUCUGUCGCCUGGUGCGUGAGUGACAAUAAUAAGAGUACUGGAAGUCACGUUUUUCGUUCUAGAUCAAAUUAAGCACUAUAUAAUAAGUAUAAAUAACUAACAAAUAUAAGCGCGUAAUGAGACGCAUGUUCAUAUAUAUAUGAACAUGCGUAUAACUGUGCAAAUUUAUACGGCAAAUGUGUAAGUGUAAUCAUCGUCAAGUGUGUGGACAAGAAAGCGAAUGACAAACAGUAAAAGCGGGAGCAAAUUUCAUCAUUCGUUGUUUCUACAUCUGCUAAGUAACGAGAAGCACUCCCCGAAUACACAACAUCGCGGGUCAUAGAUACAAAUCUAUUACUUCGUCCGAUUAUGAAAACUGUGAGUCGGCCAUUCGGUGUCUAGCUAAACACCUCUCUAGCCAAUAACCAAGCGAACAGUUGGAUGGCAUACACGGAUGCUAGCGACGGCUGAUAAAGAAAUGAAGGUAUGGACAAAUGUCAUAUAUAUAUGUGCAUCAAGGAUACAACAAAAUAUAUUAGAGUAACAUGAUUUUUUUUUUUUAGUAACUUAAACAAUGGAAAUAUUUCAAGUAGAUUUUAUGGAAGGAUGGUUACCUGUACCCUUAUACACUUUGGCCACCCGUUUUAUCUGAGUCUCUGUACUCACUAAAACCUUUCGGUACCGAAGUUUUCCAUCUAAAAAUUUGUUUAACUGGCUUCGAAUCACUUGCCUUACAUCAAAUGACUGCAGCGUAUGGAUAGUCAUGAAAAAUAUAACGAUUUAUAAAUAUGUCUGCUAGCUUUGACUAGCUACUGGGCACUUAGCAACAUUACUGUUCUGUAUUAUAUAUCGAUUAUUUUUUGCUCCUUAUUAGUUUAUAAUGUGAUAGUACUAUCGAGCUUUUGUCUUCUUCUUUUUCUGAAUUUGCCCGUUUUAUCAUUUGGUUUCUGAUGAAUAUAAUAGGGUAGUAAAUGUAAGGCUUAUGUUGUCAGAAUUUAGUUCGAACCGAACACUGAAAAUUUAUAAUACCCUAAAAUCACUCCAUGCAUGUGAUGACCGCCGGCCACGAGGAGAAUAGUUAUGAUAACGACUGUAAUAAAUGUACCAGUGAAAUAUAUUAGUGCUAUAAAUAUCACUAUUUCAUAAAUUAAUCAUUAAUUUUAUGUAAAUAUGCCAGUGUACGGACUCAGUUGUGAAAGCUUCUCUUCUAAGUAAUGCCGCCCUCAAAACUAAAUAAAGUUGCAUCUUUUCUGUGGUAGAAUAAAACAUGUGUAACAUUCAUCACGGCUUGGGAUGCAAAAAUCCCCUAA